UUCGAGCCAAAACCCUAGCCCGCCGCCUCCAGCCUCCACCCCCUCCCAGACCCUCCCCCACCUGCCGUCACCACCGGAGCACCAGCCAUGCCGCCCAAGCUAGACCCGUCGCAGGUGGUUGAGGUCUUCGUCCGCGUGACCGGUGGAGAGGUCGGCGCGGCGUCGUCGCUGGCCCCCAAGAUCGGCCCGCUCGGUCUCUCCCCGAAGAAGAUCGGUGAGGACAUCGCCAAGGAGACGGCCAAGGACUGGAAGGGCCUCCGCGUCACCGUCAAGCUCACCGUACAGAACCGUCAGGCCAAGGUCUCCGUCGUGCCCUCCGCCGCGGCGCUCGUCAUCAAGGCGCUCAAGGAGCCCGAGAGGGACAGAAAGAAGGUGAAGAACAUCAAGCACAGCGGCAACAUCAGCCUCGACGACGUCAUCGAGAUCGCCAAGACCAUGAAGCCCAGGUCCAUGGCCAAGGACAUGUCCGGGACCGUCAAGGAGAUCCUCGGGACCUGCGUCAGCGUCGGGUGCACCGUCGACGGCAAGGACCCCAAGGAUCUGCAGCAGGAGAUAGACGACGGCGAGGUCGAGAUCCCCUCAGCGUAAAGCCUAGACAUCUAAGGAAAUUAUCAUCACAUGCUACUGAAGUGGUGUUUUGUUCCAAAUGUUGUUUAUGUACUUCCCCAGACUCCGAUUCCACCUAUUUUUUUCUUGCUUUAGUAGUUAUCUUGUGAGACCUCAAUGUCAAAUUCCUCAUCUAGGUUCCAUUUGGAGUUUGGAAUGGAGUUCUAAGUACUUGCGCAACUUAAUCUAUAUCUUCUGUCUGGUUGAAGCAUCGUACUCCGUUUUGUUCCCUGAAUACAUUUGGUUUGGCUGCCUAAGCCUUUGUGGUCA